AUGACCAGGAACUUGCUGGAACAUGGCUUGCCCCUGAUGCUCCGCACUGUUGUGCUCGGCAACAGAUUCGCAGAGUACUUUGUGUGUAUCCACAAAGGCGGAGAACAUUUCAGCUUGUUGGAUCGGAAAGUUAGCCGGGACAAGAAUAACUUCCACUACGCCUGGGAGGACAUGCAGAAGUAUCACUUUGUGGAAUAUGAUGGACAUACAGAGGAAGCUGGUGAGGUGGCCAAUGAACGCAAGGAGCUGUGGACGAAUGGAUACUACACUCGCGAAAUGAUGCGGUGCACCUUCAGCGAGAGCUGCUGCCCUCAGCAGAUGGACAUGAUGUUCAGAUCAAAGGAGGCGUUGCAGUGCGUGGUGGAUAUAUUCGAUUCAAAGCUAAAGGCCAGACGGAACCAGACAUCUCAGACAUCUAUCUCUCCCAGUACGCAGACACCCUCAUGCCAUGGAGCCUUCAAUCUGGAGGACUGGGCUUGGACUCCUUCUUCGCCCGAGCACCAGGUGUGGGUGCCAUCUCCAGAAUCAACACCGCAGGCCGUCAAUCCAUCGACCCCUCUCCCCACCAUGGCUUGGCCAUCUCCAUCACCAAAGUCAGCAGAGGUUCUCAUCCAGCCUCCGGAGACUGACUCUGAGCGGCCUCCAGACUGGGCCUCCAUGAGCGAGAGGUCACUGAACAGCUUUUAUGCCGUUUGA